CUCUCCCCAGUGCUAGGAGGGGAGUGGGAGUGAGUGAGUGGGGGGCUGGGACCCCGGACUCCUGGGUUCUAGUCUUGUCUCUGCCCUGCAGCCCCCCCGCGUCUCAGAUCCUGGCUCUUUGCAGCCCAAACUCGCACCGCCCCCCGAAGGCUGCGCUCCCCCGGCCAGGGCGGGGGCGGGGGGGGAACGGGAGGUUCCCACGUGACCAGGCACCGGGCCAGGCUCCGGGCUCCGGCACGUUACUCGCGGCAGCCUGGGACGCGACCGGACGGGCUCCCCCAGGCGGCUGACGAUGCCCCGCACCGAGCGGCCCCCUGCCACUGAGCCGCAGUAACACCCGCCGUGGCAAACAGGCCCCGGCACGGGGCCAGGAGAGCGCCCGCUGCUGGCGAGCCGGAGCGGGCAGGGCCGCGCCAUGUAGCGCCCGCGGCAGCCACCGGCAUGGAGCUGAUCACGGCUGAGUCCCCGGCCCGGCUGGUCCGGCUCUACCGGGAGUAUCACAACAACGAGCUCAUCUCCCUGCAUUACAACUACACGGGGAAGCUGCAGGCCAGCAGCAAGUACAAGGGCGGCCUGAAGGCCGACGCGGUGGCGUUCCUGGCCAUCUGCGCCCUCAUCGUGCUGGAGAACCUGGUGGUGCUGCUGGCCAUCUGGAGGAACAAGAAGUUCCACUCGCCCAUGUUCUACCUGCUGGGCAACCUGACCCUGUCGGACCUGCUGGCCGGGCUGGCCUACACGGCCAACAUCGCCAUGUCGGGCGCCAACACCCUCCAGCUCACCCCGCUGCUGUGGUUCCUCCGGGAGGCGGGCGUCUUCAUCACCCUGACCGCCUCCGUCUUCAGCCUGCUGGCCAUCGCCAUCGAGCGGCACAUCACCAUGAGCCGCAUGAAGCUCUACCACGGCGACAAGAAGGGCCGCAUGUUCCUGCUGGUGGGGGCCACCUGGGCGGCUUCGGUGCUGCUGGGGGUGCUGCCCGUCAUGGGCUGGAACUGCCUGGACAGGCUGGCCGACUGCUCCACCGUCCUGCCGCUCUUCUCCAAGAGCUACGUCCUCUUCUGCAUCACCGUCUUCCUGGUCAUCCUGGUGUCCAUCACGGUGCUCUACGCCCGCGUCUUCCGCAUGGUCAAGGGCAGCAGCCCGCGGCCGGGCAGCCUGCGCAAAGGGAUGCUGAAGCGCUCGCAGAAGUACAUGGCCCUGCUCAAGACAGUCACCAUCGUGGUGGGGACUUUUGUGGCCUGUUGGCUGCCCCUCUUCCUGCUGCUGCUGCUGGACGUGUGGUGCGAGACUCAGGCCUGCCCCGUGCUCUACAAGGCCGACUACUUCCUCGGCUUGGCCAUGAUCAACUCCCUGCUCAACCCCAUCAUCUACACGCUGACCAGCAAGGACAUGCGCCGGGCCAUCCUCAAACUGCUGUGCUGUCUGCUGGUGGGGCCGCCCGAGGACGGCCCGGCCCAGCGCUUCGGGAUCCCCAUCCUGGAGUGCAGCACCAGCAAGUCAGAGCGCUCGUCCCACCGGCCCGAGGGAAUCGAUACCAGCCUGUCCACGGGCAACGGCACGCCCACCCCCAUCAAGGCGCUGGUGCCCAGUGCCGAGUCCUGAGCCCCCUCCCCUCACACCGGGGUCGGAGCGUGGCACGGGCCGGGGGGAGAGCUGGGACAGGCGCCCCCGCGACUUGGAACGGCUG